UUUGUCCCUAUCGAAUUCAUUUGACAACAGUAUGUGAUCGAAAUUCUCCAUACAUUUCAAAGAAGUCCAACUCGCAAACAUGCCUCACUCAACCGGAAGCAACAUCGAAGUUCAUAAACUGUCACCGCCUCCUGGCUCAAGUAUCGACUUCGGCGCUGAAAUUCGCGGACUCGAUCUCGAGAAUCUCUCCGACGCCGACUGUGCUGCUAUUCGAAAAGCACUUUACGAAAACAGCGUCAUCCUCUUCAAGAACCAGCAAAACCUCACACCCCGGGCACAAUACGAAAUCACCAAGCUCUUCGACCCAGCCGCUGACAGCUACGGCCAUGGCAAAACGCUCGACGCAAAGCGCUCCAUCCUGCACCCGGACCUCAAAACCAUCCCCCACCAACCCCAAGUCCAAGUCAUCGGAAACGGCUUCGUUGAAUCAUUCGAAGGACUCUCCAACAUCACUCUGAAGCACCCCCACCACAAGACCUUCCACUCCACCUCCAUCAGCGACGAAGAAGACCGCGACAACACGCGCUUCUACCGCUGGCACAUUGACGCCGCGCUCUACGCGCUCCACCCCCCAAAAGCGACCUCCCUCCUCGCCGUCUCGGUCCCCCAAUCCGCCCCUCAAACCCUACACUACACCUCCGACGGCAGCGGCGACACCCUGCAAGUCCCCCGCGGCAGCACCGCCUUCUCCUCCUCCUACACCACCUACGACCUCCUCUCCCCAGCCGACCAGCACUUCGCCCGCACGACGAAAGUGCAAUACGCACCACACCCCUACAUCUGGAUGUCCUCCGCGCGGUCUCGCCCAGACGGCCUGGGCCUCGAAUCCACCGGCCUCGAGCUCCCCGAAUCAUCCCUCCCGCCCAUCGACCCCGCGCUCAUCCAGACGCUCCCCAUGUGCUGGAAGAACCCGGUAACUGGGCGUCUCGCGCUGCAGAUCCACCCGAGCGCGGUGCAGAAACUCGUCCUAGAAGAUGGCACUGUGAUUGACGAUCUCGAGGAGGUCAGGGCGAUCGUGCACCGUUUGCAGAGGCCGGGGAUCGCGCCCGAGUUGGUGUAUGCGGUGGAUUGGCAGGAGGGGGAUUUUGUGAUCUUUGAUAAUAGGGGUGUGUUGCAUUCGGUUACGGGGAGUUUCUUGGACGAGGAGGUGAGGGUUUUCAGGCAGUGUAAUAUGGCGGCUAGUGAGCCUCCUUUGGGCCCUGAGGAUUGAUGGAUUGGAUGGAGUGGGGUGGGUUAGAGAAAAGGAAUGGGUUCUUUUGAAUUUGACUAGGGAAACGGGAUUAAAAAUACAAAUGAGCUAUGAUAGAUG